AUGGCACCUUUUGUCGACGCAGAAGAAGCUGCGCGGGGGCUUGAAACGUUUCUUGCGUGGUGCUAUGAGCGUUGCCACAAGACUGAGCAGUACGAGACAUGGUCUUACCUGGAGAGUAUCGCCAACGAUUUCGGCUUGUCACUCCAACGAUUCAAGAAGUCGUCGGGCUUCCUCGCUUGGCUGGAGGAGAUGGAGGCCGGCAAAGUCCUUGUGUUGGCAGACUGGCGCGAAGCAAAGCCUCUCGCUGAGGGGCUUGAUGUCUUGGCAGCUCAAGGCAAGCUACUCCAGGUCCGGAUGUGUAUCCUUGCUGCAUCAGACAAGAUCUAUAGUCGUGCUUCAGAGUGGGCGGGAAUCGUUCGACAGGGUGGUGGCAGGGAGACUGUCGUGUUGCGCGGCUUCUCGCAUGAAGGCAUUGAGGACUUCAUCGCGCCAAGCAUCGCAGAGGUUGGACCACUCCGAAAAUGGAGGAACAAACUCGCCACUUCCAGCCCCAUGUCGUGUGCCCAGGAUGUUGGCACGACUUCAGUUCAGACGCUUCCUGAAGUUGCACCAGGCACAUUUGAUGUCGCUGCCGGGCUGGCUACACCUUUCUGCAUCAACUUGUCCUUUUCGGCCUUGGCACGGACAUUGCAGGACCCACAGAAGGCAACAAAGCUAGAGGAGAUGAUUCGGUGCACCAUGUGGCAGCAGCGCUAUGAGGAUUGA